AUGACAGCUAUUCCCAAAGUAUUGACAAUUGCUGGUAGCGAUAGCGGAGGUGGUGCAGGAAUUCAAGCCGAUCUCAAGACUUUGACAUCGCUCAAUGUAUACGGCUCCUCGGUGUUGACUUCAUUGACUUCGCAAAACACAUUGGGCGUCGAUGCGAUCCAUAAUGUGCCCACCGACUUUGUGCAAAAGCAGCUUGACGCGGUGCUCAGCGAUAUUGGCACGGAUGCUAUCAAGACCGGCAUGUUGGCUUCUGGUGCUAUUGUUCAAGCAGUGGUUGACACGUUGAAAAAGUACAAUCAUGACAAGUUGGUGGUGGAUCCUGUGAUGAUAUCGACAAGCGGUUCCAAGUUGUUGGCCGAGGACGCCGUGCAGACAUGUAUUGACAGCUUAUUGCCCAUCACGCUUGUAUUGACUCCCAAUGUCCCCGAGGCCGAAGUCUUGUUGGGAAUGAGCUCUGGUGCUAUAAAGACGCUCGAUGAUAUGCGUACAGCUGCCAAAAAGCUUGCCGAUUUGGGUCCUCGCAAUGUAUUGGUCAAGGGUGGACAUUUGCCUGUGGAACGGAAUGGCGAGAAAUACGUUGUGGAUGUCUUGUACGAGAAGAAGACGGGCGAAUACCACGAGAUUGAGAAUCCCUAUUGUGAUACGAAAGAUACUCAUGGCACUGGAUGCACUCUUUCUGCUGCUAUUGCUGCCGGACUUGCUCAGGGCAAUGAUGUGGUUAUGGCAGUAAAGAAGGCUACAAUCUAUAUCCAAGAUGCCAUCAAUGCAUCUCACGCAUCCAUUGGAAAAGGUGCUGGUCCUGUCAACCAUCUUCACAAUAUCCAUUUACGUCCCUAUGCUUGUAAGAGCUAUGUUCAAGCAUUGAAGGAGUCACUACCCGAUGGCGUGUGGGACGAAUUCAUUGAUCACCCAUUUGUGCGUGGCAUGGCCGAUGGAACAUUAUCAAGAGAAAGCUUCAUCUUUUACAUCAAACAAGAUUACCUUUAUUUACAGCAUUAUGCUCGUUCAGCUGCAUUGGCCGCUUACAAGUCACCUGACAUCGACAUGGCCGCAAGAAAUGCGAAGAUCGUAUUGCAUAUCCAACAUGAGAUGCAGAUGCACUUGAAGUACUGCGAAAGCUGGGGCAUCUCCAAGGAGGAUAUCUUGGCAACACCCGAGAGUGUCUACAACGUAGCCUAUACGCGUUAUGUCCUUGACAAGGGCGCAACCGGAGAUCAGCUUGAUCUGCAAGUGGCCAUGGCUCCUUGUCUCCUAGGUUACGGUGAAAUUGGUGUGAAGCUUUACAAUGACCCCAACACCAAGCGAGAGGGUAACCCAUAUUGGACCUGGAUCAAAAAUUAUGCUGAGGACGACUUUCAAGAUGCAGUGAGAAACGGAAAAGCACUCUUGGAAGAGCUUGCCGUUCAUCAUGUGUCGACCUCGCCUUCACGUUUCAAGGAAACUUGUGAAAUCUUUGAGCAAGCCACGAGACUCGAAAUUAAGUUCUGGGAAAUGGGUCUUCAUCGUAAAUAG